AUGGAUGCAUUGCUCGAUCACAUCGAGGCCGCUCACGCGGAUGACGGCGGCGCCGACGCGCUCACGGAGGCGGAGUGGGAGUCUCUCUGCGCUAUCGAGCACACAAUGUACGGUAAAUCGAAUCAUUCCGUCAGCGAGAUCACCGCGGAGGAAGGAGUAAACGGUGGCGAAUUGUCGCCGAUCUCCAAGUCGGCUGACAAAUCCGCAGGGGGAGAUGACGGAAUAAAGCUCGAAGGUGAAGGGAGAGCUGACCAAUCCGUCUCAUCUCAACUUCCAGCGGUAGACUCGUCCGUUAAUGGUGCGAACACAUCAACCAAGACUGAAGGAAAUUCAGCAAGCCCUGCGAGUGUAGAUGGGGACCAACAAUCCCUGGCUUUUCCUUCACUCGCUGGAGUCCCUGAGCACCAGGUUUCUGUGCAUUCGCGCAUGGCGGUGGAGGUGGUGUUGCUUGGUAUUGUGCGGCAUAUCCAGUAUGGGAUUCUGCCAGAAUCUGUGAAGGCCGAAAACAACGGUGGAGGAUAUACACAAGUUUUACAAAUAGUUCUCGGUGUUGAAUCACCGUUACCGCCAUCAUGCGCCGCAUAUUUAGAAGAAAAUAUCGAGGGGAGGGAUUCUCGGGACGGUUCUGUCGUUCCCGAUGAGGGAAGUUCCACUUCGCAGGUAAAAUCCGCGAGACCGCAGGGUGGUAUACAGGAGGAGGAGCUUGUGGUGGUGCGCUGCCUGAAUGCAUGCAAUACACUUCCACUUACGCUGCUUCAACAGCAGCUACACAUUGGAUGCCGAGCUUAUGUAGAGGGCGUGCUCAAGAUGAACCGACAUGUCGAUGAUAUCUCACGUCGAUCCCACGCGUAUCCAUAUGUGCGUGUAGUUCCGCCACAAGGAUCUAUUGUUGUACUGUGA